GAUCGAUCCACCGCAUAUUUAAACGAACGCCAUUGUACUGCAAGAUCAACAGAUUCAUCAUUUGUACAUUUGUUCUCAAGAUAAUCAUCAUCAAAUCAAAUUUUUUUUUCUGUCAAAUACUUCAAAUAUGCUUCGAUUUAUCGUUGUCGCAUCGCUUAUUGCUUAUACCACAGCUGCCGGUUAUGGCGGUGGUGGCGGUGGUGCUAGUAGUGGUGGUUCAAAAGGUGGUUAUGGUGGUGGCGCUAGUAGUGGUGGAUCAAAAGGUUCAUCCGGUGGAUAUGGCGGUGGUAGCAGCUUAGGCGGCGGUAUGGGAUUUGGUGGUUUCGGUAUGGGUGGCGGUUUCGGUGGUGGUGGUGGUGGUGGCGGUGGCGGUGGACAAACUGUACAAGCCGCAGUUGUAUCUAAUCAUCGUGUUGAAUUCAGAGACGUUCCAUCAACUGGCGGUGCUGCUCCCACCACAAUAGAAGUUGGAGCCAUGUCAGUUCCAGUGAAUUUGCUCUUCAAAUCAGCCAGUUCCAGUCUCAACAUUCAACAAGCUCAUGAAGGCGCUGGUGGUAGCGUCCAAGAAUCGCAAUCCGAAGACGAACCACAUAUUCUUAAACACAGCGUUACUAAACCAAUUAUUCAAGAGGUACAUGAGGUGAUAACGCCACAACGACGCAUCACCCAAGAAAUUAAACCUGUUGAAGAGGAAAUUCUCACUAUCGUUAGCCGCGAUCAAGGUGGUGGUCAAGGUGGUGGUGCAUCUGGUUUCGGUGGAAUGGGUGGAUUCGGUGGACUCGGAGGUCUCGGAGGCGGAAGUAAAGGUGGAGCCGGUGGUGGUGGUGGUUAUGGUGGUGGUGCCAGUUCUUUCGGUGGCGGCAAAUCUUUGGGUAGCAAAGGAGCAUCGAAAGGUGGCUAUUAAGCAGAAUAGUGUGGAAAAGAAUUGAAAAUUAUUUAUAUCCCGCUACGAAUCAUCAUGUGACACCAAGUUUAUCACUUAUUUAUUCAAUCAUCAGUUUGUAUAAAAAAAGGCGGCAGUGUCAAAGUGCAUUCAAACUUUGUUCACUGACGACUGACAGCGUCAUGUAUUUAUUUAUUUAUUUACAUAGAAAUAAAUUAUGUCAUUUUUCUAUAAAUUAAACUUUUACGCUUUACCGGUGUUUACCAAUGACAACAACACAACACAGUUUGAACAUGAACCGCAUACAAAUGGAGUAACAACAGUAGCCAAUCGUUGAUACACAUGUUGACCACUAAAUAACGCUAUUUUUUUUUUCAA